GCAGUGUGAGCGAAGACACUCAGGAUGGCUCAGGGACCUGGGGAUCAGAAAGCAGUGGGGAUUGCUGACCCAGAGGACAGUUCUCCAAAUAUGAUAGUCUACCACAAAAUUGAAGACAUCAUUACAAAGAUGCAAGAUGACAAGACGGGAGGUGUGCCUAUCAGGACAGUCAAGAGUUUUCUCUCCAAAAUCCCCAGUGUGGUCACAGGUACUGACGUGGUGCAGUGGUUCAUGAGGAACCUGUCCAUUGAGGACCCAGUUGAAGCAAUACACCUAGGGAGCCUCAUAGCUGCCCAGGGCUACAUCUUCCCGAUCUCAGACCAUGUUCUCACCAUGAAGGAUGACGGCACCUUUUAUCGCUUCCAGGCUCCAUACUUCUGGCCUUCGAACUGCUGGGAGCCUGAAAACACUGACUAUGCCAUCUAUCUCUGUAAAAGGACGAUGCAGAAUAAAGCAAGACUGGAACUGGCAGACUACGAAGCGGAAAACUUAGCAAGACUCCAGAGGGCCUUUGCCAGGAAGUGGGAAUUCAUCUUCAUGCAAGCAGAAGCACAAGUCAAAAUCGACCGGAAAAAGGAUAAAACCGAAAGGAAAAUCCUGGAUAGUCAAGAGCGAGCGUUUUGGGAUGUCCACAGGCCAGUGCCAGGCUGUGUGAAUACAACAGAAAUGGACAUCAGAAAAUGCCGACGUUUGAAGAAUCCACAGAAGGUUAAAAAGUCUGUGUAUGGAGUGACUGAGGAGUCCCAGUCACAAAGCCCCGUGCACAUACCCAGUCAGCCCGUCAGGAAAACUACAAAAGAGGACAUCCGGAAACAGAUAACAUUUUUGAAUGCACAAAUUGACAGACACUGUUUAAAAAUGUCCAAAGUGGCUGAAAGUUUAAUCGCUUACACGGAGCAGUAUGUGGAAUAUGAUCCUUUGAUCACACCAGCUGAGCCAUCCAACCCCUGGAUCAGUGACGACAUUGCUUUGUGGGACAUAGAGAUGAGCAAAGAGCCCAGCCAGCAGCGAGUAAAGCGAUGGGGCUUCUCCUUUGAUGAGAUACUCAAGGACCAGGUGGGGCGGGACCAGUUUCUACGAUUCCUGGAGUCCGAAUUCAGCUCAGAAAACCUCAGGUUCUGGUUGGCUGUCCAAGAUCUCAAGAAACAACCCCUCCAGGAUGUUGCCAAGAGAGUGGAAGAAAUCUGGCAAGAGUUCCUGGCCCCAGGGGCUCCCAGUGCAAUCAACCUGGACUCUCACAGCUACGAGAUCACCAGUCAGAACAUCAAAGACGGAGGGAGAUACACGUUCGAAGACGCCCAGGAGCACAUCUACAAGCUGAUGAAGAGUGACAGCUAUGCCCGCUUCCUGCGAUCCAAUGCUUACCAGGACUUGCUGCUGGCCAAGAAGAAGCCAGAAAGUGAGCAAGGUCGUAGAACUUCCUUAGAAAAGUUCACUCGAAGUGUGUGCUGCUGGCGCAGAGUCAGAAUGGCUGCUGCAUUUCACCCCCGAGGCGGCUUCCUUCCAGCAGUGGGGAAAGUCGCUGGCGGGCAAGCGCCUCACCGGCCUGAUGCAGUCCUCCUGACAGUCCCCAGCGCAGGGCCCGGGCCCCAGGACCUCACUGGCAGGCGGCGGCGUUCCACUUCCGCGGACAGAGUUUCCCUGCGGGGAGAUCUGGUUACUGUGAAAGAGAAGGAAUGAGGGGCCUCGGUGGGGAGACAUGGUGGAUGAGCAGGGAGACCGUGAAGGAGAAAGUCCACAGAGCCUGGAGUCGGCCCGACAGAGGCCCCUGUUUACAGCCCUCUUCCAUGCACAGUCCUGCUCCAGCACCCCGUCCUCGUCCUCUGGUCCUCUGAGAGGCCCUUGUUCCUGACUCGCCUGGUGGAGAAGGCC